UUCAAAAUGGCUGACGGAAUUGGAAGGAUUUUGUCUAAGGCCGACUUCGACCCAGAUAACUUUGUGAGCAAACUCUCCCAAAAUGGUGAAGAUGAACUGGAAGAUGUCCGACAAAAGAUACAAAAGCUGUCAGAAGAGACAUCAUUAGCUUUAAAGAGAAAUGUAUACAAAAAUUACAGUCAGUUUAUUGAAACUGCAAAAGAAAUUUCAAUAUUGGAGGGAGAGAUGUACCAACUGAGCCACAUGUUGACUGAGCAGAAAACAAUCAUGAACAAUAUGAUGGAGAUGUCAAUCACCAGCGAUAGGACUGAUGGACCAGUAGAUCAAGAUCCAAAGGAUGAAGACAAUACGAAAAAAAAUCUUGCAUUUUUGCUUGAAAAGGUGGAAGGCUGUUCCAGCAUCACAGAUGUCCCAGGCCGAUAUCUUGUUCAUAAUGGAGAUCUUGUAGAACUGGAACCAGAGUCAUUCACACAGAUACAGAAGGUUCAUGCAUUCUUGCUAAACGACAGUCUCAUGAUAGCAUCUUGUCUUCAACACAGAAAUGGCCCAGGAAAAUACAAGUUCCAGACAAUCUAUGAAUUAGAUGGGUUUGCCAUUGUCAACCAAAGGGACAUCGGUCCUGUGAAGAAUGCCUUUAAAAUACUCAUGUUCCCAGAUACGAGGAUGUACCAGUGUGAGAACCCAAAGGAAAAGAGAAAUUGGCUAGAUAUUCUUGAGUCUACUAAACGCAAGAAGGCAGAGCUUGAUACACAAAAGAGAGAAUCUUCAAUAUCCCAGGACAGAAAUUCAUCUAUUUCCUUCAAUGACAGUCCAUUUGGGGAAGAAGAUGAACUGGAAUAUCAAUUAAAUGUUGCUAUGGAAACUGAACUACUUAAUGUUAGCUGGUUACAAGAUCUCCCAGAGGACCUUGAUGUAUGCAUGGCGCAGAGAGACUUUGAAGGUGCAGUUGACCUACAUGAACGAGUCAAUGAAUAUCUAGAAGGAGCCCCUAGAUCAUUAGCAUUGAAAGAAAUUCAAUCUCGGAUAGACACUCGGAUUAAUCAACUGACUGAUAUGUUAGUUGCUGAGUUAACUGUGUCACCAGAGCGUUCGUUGAGGGGAGGACCACGAGCGGCCAGGCGAGCAGUUACACAACUUAUCAGACUUGGCAAAUCUGCUUUGGCUUGUGAUUUAUUUCUACAAAACCGCAGUGCAAUAACCAAAUACAACAUUCGUCAACUGAAGAUAGAGGGCGCUACCACCCUGUACAUCAAGCGACUCUGUGGUGUGUUCUUCACUAGUCUCAAAGAUACGGGGACUGAGUUCCUCAAGGCAUUUCCUGACAACUAUGGAUGUUAUUCUGCUUUUGUUGCUUGGGCUAAAGAAGAAAUCAAGAUGUUCAUGGAUCUUUUCAAAAGACAGGUGUUCUCUAGCAAGGCAGGGCUCACUGUGGUGGCAGACUGCGUCAAUGUAGUCAGGAAACAUUGUGACCAGUUGAGUGACAUUGGAUUAGAAAUGACUUUUACACUGAACUCACUGCUGCUAGUAGAUCUAGAUAGAACAGUGAGGGAGAACAAAGACUAUAUUCUGGAUACAGUUAAACACAGGUCCAAUGAGGAUCAAUGGAGACCACUUAAUCUUAAAAACACUAAAGCAGUGAAGACAUUCAUGGAUGAGAUGUCUGAGCUAGGAGUUGAUGAUAUAUCAAAAUAUGUAUAUGAUGAAUGUUGGGUAUCUCUCAGCCACAAUACAACACAGUUCUCUAAGACCUACCUGACAUUCCUGGAUGAUGUACUGAAACUCCAUGUACCUGAGCUACAUAAUAUGAUCUCUGAAGCACUGGUGGACAUAUUCAAAGCACAACUUAGACAUAUUGAGCUAUCCCUAGCUGGGGGCAAGUUUAUAUCAGAGCACCAAUUUAUACUCGUUAACACAGAGUUCCUGCUGAACAGUCUCUUGAAAGUGGCAGAGAAAUCCUACCAGACCAGACUUGGCCAGCCAGCCAUACAUCUUGCCCCACUGCACAGGGCACUGAAGAAACUAAAGAGUGUCUCUAGAUCUGUGGUUGGUGACUUAGUAUGAUGAUGAACACAAUGGAUUUUAAUACUUAAUACAUGUAUGAUGAAGUGAUUCGCAGUAAAGAAUUUUAACCUAUGUGCAAUAUAUAUAUGAAGAAGCCUACAAGACCUAGACAGCAAGCUAUUGUUUAUGUAUUCAGGAACUGUGUCCAUGUUCCACCCCAUUCCCUAUAUAUUAGGGGAAUUUACUGACAGAGUGGAGGCCAUGGGGCAUGAGAUACCUCUCAUAUCAACAUACUUUGUAACUAGUUGGUACUGUCACAUUAUUACUAGCAUGUAUGUGGUGCUUGCUCUGUAAAAUAAAUGAGAA